CAUCCUCAUCCACCGUCAAAACAAUUUCUCGCCCACUAUACUUCUCCGCCGUUGGAUCACAUCAUAUCCGUGCUAUCACCGCUUGGAUUCAACGGCACACCAGGAAUUUCCAGAUCCUCUAGUAGCUGGAAGAAGCCUAGAAAUUUUCUAGUCCGCCACGUGUAUUUUUUGUCACGCGGGGCCCAACGCCACCAGGGAAUCUUGAAACUUAUAAAAUUCUACACACCAAGGACAGCCUCCAAAGCUCAACUUCAACAGCCAAUAACGUAGUUCCGCGUCGUCUCUCGCCGACUGGUUUUGCGUUCUCCGGUCGACGUCGUUUCAUGGUUCCAAACUAAGGAUUCCUAAUUUAAGCAUAUAAACAUGUGUGGACGAAAUUGGGUUUAGGGUUGGACUGUCACUGUCUACUCUACUCUGCUGGAAGCCGAACGAGCUCAGUUUCUAUUCGUGAGCAUGAACAUGUAGCAGAUAGAGAUGCUCUAAUCUGUUCAAUCCGAUGUUGAUUUUGAGGCGGAGGUCGAAAGUGCAGAAUUCUUCGGAUUUCUCUGAGGUUGAGAAAGACAGAGAGGAUGAUAAGAAGGAUAGAGGAAAGGAGAAACCAAAGCCAAAGCAAGACGGAGGAGAGAGGAGGAUAAAGAAAUGGACAUGCGUAGACAGCUGUUGCUGGUUCAUUGGUUGUAUAUGUUUGAUAUGGUGGUUUUUGCUUUUCUUGUACAAUGCAAUGCCUGCCUCUUUCCCUCAGUACGUAGCGGAGGCGAUCACGGGGCCGUUGCCCGACCCGCCUGGCGUGAAAUUGAAAAAGGAAGGGCUAACAGCCAAGCAUCCGGUGGUUUUCGUGCCUGGAAUUGUUACCGGCGGGCUGGAAUUGUGGGAGGGACACCAGUGUGCUGACGGAUUGUUUAGAAAGCGACUCUGGGGUGGCACAUUUGGGGAAGUGUACAAAAGACCGUUAUGCUGGGUUGAGCAUAUGUCACUGGACAAUGAAACUGGACUGGACCCUCCUGGCAUUAGGGUCAGGCCUGUAUCUGGACUUGUGGCAGCUGAUUAUUUUGCACCUGGUUAUUUUGUCUGGGCAGUUUUAAUUGCUAAUUUGGCUCGCAUUGGAUAUGAGGAGAAAACCAUGUAUAUGGCCGCAUAUGAUUGGAGAAUAUCAUUUCAGAACACUGAGGUAAGGGACCAAACUCUGAGCCGGAUAAAAAGUAAUAUAGAACUCAUGGUGGCUACAAAUGGUGGGAGAAAGGUGGUUGUUAUUCCACAUUCAAUGGGUGUUCUGUACUUUCUGCAUUUCAUGAAAUGGGUUGAGGCACCUGCUCCAAUGGGAGGUGGGGGUGGAACAGAUUGGUGUGCUAAGCAUAUAAAGGCAGUGAUGAAUAUUGGUGGACCCUUAGGUGUGCCAAAAGCAGUCUCAGGAUUUUUCUCUAAUGAAGCCAGGGAUAUUGCUGCAGCCAGGGCUUACGCUCCGGGUUUUUUGGAUAAGGAUGUUUUUGGUCUUCAAACUCUGCAACAUUUAAUGCGGAUGACUCGUACAUGGGAUUCAACCAUGUCUAUGAUACCAAAAGGUGGAGAUACAAUCUGGGGUGGCCUUGAUUGGUCUCCUGAAGGAAUCUACAAUUGUGGCGCAAAGAAGCCAAAAAACAAUAGUACACACACUGCAAUUCCAAAUGGGAAAGGGGCAUCAAGUUUCACGGAAGGUGUGAACUAUGGGAGAAUUAUAUCGUUUGGGAAAGAUGUGGCUGAGCUUCAUUCCUCCAAAAUUGAGCGGAUUGAUUUCAGGGAUGCUAUUAAUUUUAAAAACCCUGCAAACAACUGUGACAUCUGGACAGAGUACCAAGAAAUGGAUGUCGGGCAUAUUAAAGCUGUUGUCAACUACAAAGUAUACACAGCUGGAUCAGUUUUGGAUCUGCUUCAUUUUGUUGCUCCCAAGCUUAUGAAACGUGAAGGUGCUCAUUUUUCACAUGGGAUUGCAGAUGAUUUGGAUGAUCCUAAAUACGAACACUAUAAAUAUUGGUCGAACCCCUUAGAAACAAGUUUACCGAAUGCUCCUGAGAUGGAGAUAUAUUCUAUGUAUGGAGUUGGAAUGCCCACUGAAAGAGCAUAUGUUUACAAGCUAGCUUCUACUACUGAAUGCUCAAUUCCGUUUCAGAUAGAUAUCGCAACCGGUGGAAUUGAGAACUCUUGUCUAAAAGAUGGAGUUUCCGUUAAUGGAGACGAGACAGUUCCUGUUUUGAGUGCUGGUUUUAUGUGUGCAAAGGGUUGGCGAGGCAAAACAAGAUUCAAUCCUUCAGGCAUUCGUACUUAUAUAAGGGAAUAUAAUCGCCCUCCAGCUAAUCUUCUAGAGGGCCGAGGCACCCAAAGUUGUGCUCAUGUUGAUAUACUGGGGAACUUCGCACUAAUAGAGGACAUUAUAAGGGUAGCAGCAGGAGCUACAGGAGAGGACUUGGGAGGAGACCAAAUUCACUCCGAUAUUUUCAAAUGGUCUGAAAAGAUCAGCUUGCAUCUAUAGUUCAUAAGAAAUCAUGCCUACUUCCCCCCUUGCACUUGAGACACUUCUAACAGACUGUGAAUGCAGCAAAUAUUGGUGAAUUGUGGAGGUACAUCUAUCAGCUCAUGUUGAAUGAGGUUUCUGCAACCAAUAUUGUUUUGGAAAGGACCUCACAAGGUUACUGAGAUCAAUGAACUUUCUACGUUGCUUGCACCUACCAUUUUUGGUGCACUUAAGUUCUAUAGUCGCCUGAAAUUUUGGUCAACCUGUAAUUUAUUCAAGUAUUGUGAAUAAAAUGUGUUAUAAGCUUGUUUGGCUUCCCUUUGAAUUUUUGAUCUCCAUGUUGUAGCUUUGACCCCUUUCCUAAAGGGCACUGCACUAAAAUUUUGUUCUUAGA